GCGUCACUUUUCUUGAAAUAAAAAAUGUUUACGUAACUAUUGUUWUGUCACAGUUACAGACCAACUGUUGCUAGGCUAGGACCUGUCAAGUCCUGUGACUUUGUCGCCGUUUCAUACACCUCUUUACAGAUUUCAAGAAAUGGAACAGAAAUUUUCGUUCCUCCGAACUGUAUUUUUUCUAUUUGUCGCCUCUCAAGUUGUUUUCUCAGAGCCGAAAAUACGAGGAAACGAAAACUGCAUUUCCUUUGCAAACUUCGUUCGUCACGAGAACUUUCAGCUGUCUGGAACUCCUCUGAUGAAGUUAGCGAUGAAGACUACAUCGGAUUGUCUUUGGGAGUGUAAUGGCGAGUCGAGUUGUAUUUCAUUGAAUGUGAACACAACUAACGAUUCCCAGGGAUUGUUUGAGUGCGAUUUGCUGGGGUUUGACAAGUACGAAUAUUUUGAAAACUUCACUGCAGUAGAUGGAAUCGACCACUAUACUCUACCGUUGGAAUAUUUCCCUGAUUAUCAAAACUGUGCCUCGGUCAGCAAAACUUUUAAAAACGCAGCGAGUGGUGUCUUCCGUAUCAAACCCAGUCCUUCACGGUCAAUUCACGUUUAUUGUGACAUGGUAACCAGUGGUGGAGGCUGGACUGUUAUCCAGAAACGUCUUGACGGCUCCGUUGAUUUUUUCCGUGACUGGGCCGGUUACAAGAAAGGAUUUGGUAACAAGUCCGGAGAGUACUGGUUGGGUCUGGACGCCAUUCAUGAUAUGACAUCACAAGGAAGCUACCGACUGCGAUUUGACUUGGAAGAUUUCGAUGGAAACAAGACAUACGCGGAGUACGAUUCGUUUAUUGUGGCUGGUGAAUCAGACAAMUACACGCUUACGCUURGUGGAAACUACUCAGGUGAUGCCGGAAACAGUUUUAUGUACCAAAACAACAUGCARUUYACYACCAAAGAUCGUGACAAUGACAAGAGAUCGRWUUCGAACUGUGCUCAAKYAUUUCAUGGUGCCUGGUGGUACGYURGCUGUCACGCAACGAACCUUAACGGGCUUUAUCUUAACGGAACUAACCAGCGAUACGGUGUAGGUAUCAUUUGGUGGGCAUUUAGAGGUCACUAUUACUCACUGAAACGAAGUGAGAUGAAAAUUCGACCAAAUGACUUUUAGUGAWGGUUCUCUGAGAAUGACMAAUAAUGCACUUUCUUUUAUUUAGKUAGUGUUUUAUGCAUUUACUCCAACCAAUAAAAUUAUGAGCCAAUAGCCGAUAUUUUGGUUCAGUGACCAUGCACAAAAGAAUUGCAGUCGAGGYUCCGGGGAAAUAAAAAAAUAAAUCAAGAUUAUCCAUUGUUUUCCAGGAGCCUCGUGUGCGUUCUUUUGUACAUAGUCAUCGAACCAAAAUAUCUAAAGUUGACUAUUGGCUUUCAGCAGAUUGGCUAAGGACCGGGCCGGGGGUGUGGUUAAUACAUGGACUUAGGGC